AUGUAUCGUCUUGGAUUGUUAUUACUCUUAUUCAAUGUAGUUGAUGCCGAAAGUCAUUCUUCAACUUUAAUUCUAUCAGGUCUAGGUACCAUUUUUCAACCGGUGAAUAUUAUUGAACUCAUUCGUACAUUCAAUGCUAAUACUUUACUUCAUUGUUCAAUAAAAUGUAAUAACGAUGUGCAUUGUCGAACGAUCGAUUAUGAUUCGAUAUCAAAACAAUGUCGCCAUUUUGCCGGUGAAAUUUCCACAGGUACUAUUAUCUCGUCGAAUUCACCAACGUCAACAGUUGGUGUCGAGAGCACAUUCAUGGAAACAUCUGCGUUCACUAGUUCUCUUUCAACUAGUUCAACAAUAACAAAUUCUUCAAUUCUAAUCAAUUAUACCAACGUCUAUCCGGCACCGGUAGCAAGUCCGAAUGCAGCAGCUCAGUUGUAUAGUGUCAAUCUGCUAAUGAAUGGAGAUGGUGAAACAGGUCCGUGCGCUAUGUCAAUUAAUGUUACACACCCAACCGUAUGGUCAUAUGUUGGAACGAUCACACAAAUAUCAUACAACGAUUAUGAAUAUGGUGCUUUAGAUCCAACUUCACCAGGCCCUAGUGAUCGUGGAAAUUGUUAUUUUUGUGGCAUGUUCGACGCUGUUACAACCAUGUCACAAUCUAUCGACUUGUUUCCAUAUGCGACUGCCAUUGCUAGUGGAAAUGUUUCAUUCAAUUUGUCCGCUUGGUUAGGUGGUUGGACCAAUCAGGAUGAUUCAGCUAAAGUUUCAGUCAAUUUUCUUGAUUAUGCCUAUCAACCUGUUGGUAAUCAAACAACAAUUGGCCCUGUUCUAGCUGCAGACCGUGGCUUUACUUCAUCAUUAAUUUUUCGUCAAAAUUCAGGCAUGAUACCAAUAAACACGCGAUACAUGACUGUGAUCGUCACCUUGAUAUGGCAUUCAGGAAGCGAAAAUGAUGGAUACAUAGAUAAUAUUAGUGUUAAACUUAGAUACAGCUAA